UAUAUAUCCGCUACUUUACUACCCAAAUCAUCACCUCCCACCUCCACCACCAUUCUCUCCUCCACCACCACCUUCACAGGUGAAUAAUGAGAGCUCCCGCCGGUGGCGGCGGCCCUUUCAGGGUACGCUUAUGGCCCAUAGUCAUCGCAUUUACCGUAUUUGGUGUUGCUAACCUUGUAGCAGUUUCCGCUGAUAAGCCUUACUUAUAUUCUUCACCACCACCACCUUACGAGUACAAGUCUCCACCACCACCCGUCCAUUCACCACCACCACCGCCAUACGAGUACAAGUCUCCACCACCACCGGUGCAUUCACCGCCACCACCUUAUGAGUACAAGUCUCCACCACCACCCGUCCAUUCACCGCCACCACCGUAUGAGUACAAGUCUCCACCACCACCAGUGCACUCACCACCUCCUCCUUACGAAUAUCAGUCUCCUCCACCACCGGUACACUCACCGCCGCCGCCUUACGAGUACAAGUCUCCACCACCACCGGUGCACUCACCGCCGCCGCCUUACGAGUACAAGUCUCCACCACCACCGGUGCACUCACCGCCACCACCGUACGAGUACAAGUCUCCACCACCACCGGUCCACUCACCACCACCACCUUACGAGUACAAGUCUCCACCACCACCUGUCCAUUCACCGCCACCACCUUAUGAGUACAAGUCUCCACCACCACCCGUCCAUUCACCGCCACCACCGUACGAGUACAAGUCUCCACCACCACCAGUGCACUCACCACCUCCUCCUUACGAAUACAAGUCCCCUCCACCACCGGUCCACUCACCGCCGCCGCCUUACGAGUACAAGUCUCCACCACCACCGGUCCACUCACCACCACCGCCUUACGUGUACAAGUCUCCACCACCACCGGUACAUUCACCGCCACCACCUUACGAGUACAAGUCUCCACCACCACCAGUCCAUUCACCACCUCCCCCUUAUGAAUACAAGUCUCCACCACCACCGGUCCAUUCACCACCACCGCCAUAUGUUUACAAAUCUCCACCACCACCCGUCCAUUCACCACCACCUCCUUACGUGUAUAAGUCUCCACCACCACCGGUCCAUUCCCCACCACCCCCCUAUGAAUACAAGUCUCCACCACCACCAGUCCAUUCCCCACCACCUCCUUAUGUGUACAAGUCUCCACCACCGCCGGUCCAUUCACCACCACCCCCUUAUGAAUACAAGUCUCCACCACCACCCGUCCAUUCACCGCCACCUCCUUACGUGUAUAAGUCUCCACCACCACCAGUUCAUUCACCACCACCGCCUUAUGUGUACAAGUCUCCACCACCACCUCCUUACGUAUACAAAUCUCCACCACCACCAGUCCAUUCACCACCUUAUGUCUACAAGUCUCCACCACCACCACCUUACAUAUACAAGUCUCCACCACCACCUCCUUACGUAUACAAAUCUCCACCACCACCAGUCCAUUCACCGCCUUACGUCUACAAGUCUCCUCCACCACCACCGUACGUAUACAAGUCUCCACCACCACCUCCUUACGUAUACAAAUCUCCACCACCACCAGUCCAUUCACCGCCUUACGUCUACAAGUCUCCACCACCACCACCUUACGUAUACAAGUCUCCACCACCACCUCCUUACGUAUACAAAUCUCCACCACCACCAGUCCAUUCACCGCCUUACGUCUACAAGUCUCCCCCACCACCGCCUUAUGUAUACAAGUCUCCACCCCCACCCGUUCAUUCACCACCACCUCCUUAUGUCUACAAGUCUCCACCGCCACCUGUGAAGUCACCACCACCACCGGUAUACUACUACAAAUCCCCACCACCACCAGUCCAUUCACCACCUCCUCCAUACUACUACAAGUCCCCACCACCACCAGCCAAGUCACCACCACCACCAGUAUACUACUACAAAUCCCCACCACCACCAGCUAAAUCACCUCCCCACUAUUACUACACUUCUCCACCACCACCAACUCCCUACCACCCCCACCCCUACCCUCACCACCGCGAACUGAUCGUGAAGGUCAUCGGAAAAGUUUACUGUUACAGCUGCUAUGACUGGAAAUACCCAAUCAAAUCCCAUGCAAAGCACCAUCUCAAAGGUGCUGUUGUGGAGGUCACAUGCAAGGCUGAUGGUGAGAAAAAAAUUGUUGCAUACGGAAAGACUAAGAUCAAUGGUAAAUUUGCAAUUACCGUUGAUGGUUUGAAGUAUUCAAAAUAUGGAGGAGCUAAAGCUUGUGUUGCUAAGCUUCACAUGGCACCAAAUGGUACCAAAUGUAACGUUCCAACAAAUCUCCAUGGGGGUUUGAAGGGUGCCGAGCUUAAGGUCAAGUCUAAGAACGAUUAUGAGGUUGUACUAUAUGCCAAACCAUUUGCAUAUGCCCCCAAGACUCCUUUUAAGAUUUGUGAGAAGCCAAAGCCAACUCCCACUCCUUAUUACUACAAAUCUCCACCACCGCCCGCACCGACUUACUUGUAUAAGUCUCCACCCCCACCAACCCCGACUUACGUUUACAAGUCUCCACCACCCCCGUACCACUACUCCUCACCUCCACCACCCGUGAAGUCCCCCCCUCCCCCUUACUACUAUACGUCACCCCCACCACCAGUAAAAUCACCACCUCCACCAUAUUACUAUGAGUCACCUCCACCACUGGUCAAACAUCCAACACCACCAUACCACUACACAUCACCUCCACCUCCCAAGAAAUCACCACCCCCACCAUACCACUACACAUCACCUCCACCACCUAAGAAGUCACCACCCCCACCAUACCACUACACUUCACCACCUCCACCCGUAAAAUCUCCACCACCACCAUACCACUACAUAUCACCGCCACCACCAGUGAAAUCUCCUCCUCCACCAUACCACUACACAUCGCCUCCACCGCCUAAGAAGUCGCCACCCCCACCAUACCACUACACCUCACCUCCUCCACCGGUAAAAUCUCCACCACCACCAUACCACUACUCAUCGCCUCCACCGCCUAAGAAGUCGCCACCCCCACCAUACCACUACACUUCACCUCCUCCACCGGUAAAAUCUCCACCACCACCAUACCACUACUCAUCGCCUCCACCGCCUAAGAAAUCGCCACCCCCACCAUACCACUACACUUCACCUCCUCCACCGGUAAAAUCUCCACCACCACCAUACCACUACACAUCACCACCACCUCCUAAGAAGUCACCACCCCCACCAUACCACUACACUUCACCUCCCCCACCAGUAAAAUCUCCACCACCACCAUAUCAUUACUUAUCGCCUCCACCCCCUAAGAAGUCACCACCCCCACCAUACCACUACACUUCACCUCCUCCACCCGUAAAAUCUCCACCACCUCCAUACCACUACACAUCUCCUCCACCACCUAAGAAGUCUCCACCUCCACCCUAUCAUUACACUUCACCUCCUCCACCGGUAAAAUCUCCACCACCUCCAUACCACUACACAUCUCCUCCACCACCUAAGAAGUCACCACCUCCACCCUACCAUUACACUUCACCUCCUCCACCGGUAAAAUCUCCUCCACCACCAUACCACUACACAUCACCUCCUCCCCCCGUAAAAUCUCCACCACCUCCCUACCACUACACAUCACCUCCACCACCAGUGAAAUCUCCUCCUCCACCAUACCACUACACAUCGCCUCCACCACCUGUAAAAUCUCCUCCCCCUCCAUACCACUACUCCUCACCUCCCCCACCUAUUAAAUCUCCUCCUCCCCCAUACCACUAUACAUCACCCCCUCCACCAGUAAAAUCACCUCCACCACCCAUGUACAUCUACGCUUCUCCUCCACCCCCAGUUCAUUACUAGUCUCCCAUGAAUUCAUAGUUCGCAAGCUACAAUCAUGUUUUAUUUAAUUAUCACUACAAUAAAGAAGGCUCCCCAAGGAGAAGUUUGAGAACUAGUUUAUCGAAUCCCGCUGGUCUUUUCUAAUAAGGUCUUCAAUAUUGCACUUCAGGGCGCUAAUCAUUUUGUUUACGACCAUUUCCUUUAAUACUUCAUCGUUAUGAGCCAUCCUCGUUCGACGAAGAAGACUUGAAGGUUCUCUAUAAAAAAUAAAACUAAAAUCGUUAUUUGGAAGUGGGAGAUAAGCGUGUUGUGACUUUGAUUGUUCUUUUGUCAUUCCUUUUAUGUCAUUCAUCAUUGUAUAAAUAGGUUGUAAUGGUAAAUUUUUAUUUAUAAAUGAUUGAUUUCAUAUUUCUAUCUCA